GAAGCCAGGGGGCGGAAGUACAGCGGUCACCCGGGAAAAGGCGUAUCUGGCACGUUUCCGGUUUAAGUUGCAGAAUAAGUAACUGCAUACACCUGUCCUGGUGGAGUCGGCUCCUCCUCCUGCUCCUCUCGCCCCUCCCUCUGUCGCUGCGCUCUCCGCUGACUGUCUGCCGCCUGGUAUUGAGUGUCGGUUCUUCUGCGGGAGGAAGAUCAGGUUUCCACUUGUCUCCCCCUCUCUCUCUCUUUCUAUCUCUCUCCGUCCUCCCUCUGCCUCUCCCUUUCUCCUCCUCCUUCUGCUGCUGCUCCAUCGUUGCUCUCCUUUCCUCUCCGUCAGCAGCACACAUCCACACUUUGGGACUGGAAGUUUCCCCGGAGCGGAGCGCGGUGCCGUGGGUGCGGUGCGGUGCGCGGCGCGUCUGGAGGAUGAAGCGACAUUAGGAGACGGAAAGGAGAUUUAAAAAAAAGGAGGACAAAACCUAACCAGACUGAGCAGGAGCUGGAUCGACAAAGCAGAGAGGCUGGGUCAAAGUUUUCCACAUCUUCCUGAAGUGAACACUCUUCUCUGGAUAACAUGGCUGAAAUGCUGAAUCCACCGGUCCUGUUGACUAUGCCCCGGAGCCCCACCUCCAGUGAAGAUGAGAUGGCCCAGAGUUUCUCCGACUAUUCCGAUGACUGUGCCUCUGACAGCUCUCGUGAAGAGACCAUUUACGAGACCAUAAGGGCUACGGCUGAGCCGCUGCCGCACCGAAUGGACGACAUCCACAUCAACUCCAUGGUCGUCCGCAUCCUCAUCCCAGACCUGCAGCAAACUAAAUGCAUGCGGUUCAACCCAGACGCCACCGUGUGGGUGGCCAAGCAGCGGAUCCUCUGUACUCUCAAUCAGAGCCUUAAAGACGUCCUCAACUACGGGCUUUUCCAACCAGCAAACAACGGACGGGAUGGCAAGUUCCUGGAUGAAGAACGCUUUCUGCGAGAGUAUCCUCAGCCAAUCAGCAAAGGUGUCCCAACGUUGGAGUUCCGCUACAAGAGCAGAGUCUACCGGCAGCCCACUGUGGACGAGAAACAGAUCGCAAAACUGCAUACGAAGGCCAAUCUGAGGAAGUUCAUGGACCUCGUCCAGCAGAAUCAGGUGGACAAAGUAGCCAAGAUGUUAGAGAGGGGCCUGGAUCCCAACCACCAAGACACUGACACUGGUGAGAGCCCGCUGACAUUUGCAGCCCAGUUGGACGGUGCGGUGGAGUUGAUCAAAGUGCUGAAGAACGGAGGAGCUCACGUGGACUUCAGGGCCAAGGAUGGGUUGACUGCUGUUCACAAGGCAGCAAGGUCCAAGAACCAGGUCACGCUGAUGACGCUGUUGGAGUUGGGAGCGUCUCCCGACUACAAAGACAGCCGCGGUCUGACGCCGCUGUACCACAGUGUGGUGGUGGGUGGCGACCCCGGCUGCUGCGAACUGCUGCUGAGUCACCACGCUUCUGUGUGCUGUCAGGACGAAAAUGGCUGGCAUGAGGUUCAUCAGGCUUGCCGGCACGGUCACGUGCAACACCUAGAGCAUCUGCUGUUCUACGGGGCAGACAUGAGCGCCCAGAAUGCUUCAGGAAACACCGCUCUGCACAUCUGCGCUCUGUACAACCAGGAUAACUGUGCCCGAGUGCUGCUCGCUCGAGGAUCCGACAAAGAAGUGAAAAACUACAACAGCCAGAGUCCGUUUCAGGUUGCCAUAAUCGCUGGGAACUUUGAGCUUGCUGAACUCAUCAAGAACCACAAAGAGACAGAUAUAGUGCCUUUCCGGGAGGCUCCAGCGUACUCCAAACGCCGCCGGGGGCCGUCUUCUGGAAACAGCCCCUCUGCAUCCACCUUGUCUGCGCCACGCGUCCUCCUGCGCUCAAACAGUGACAACAACCUGUCCGUCAGCCAAUACCAGCAGCAGCCGUCGCACCACGGUUCUCCCACUAACUGGGCUCCCCAUCAUCACGCCCAGGGACAUCUGCAACGGGGCCCCCAGCAGGGUCACUCGCAGUCUGGCUCCUCAGCAUUACACCGCAGCCUGUCCCCUCAGCUGCUCCAGCAGAUGCCCAGCGGCAGCCCCAAUGGCAACGUGGUGGUUCGGACUAUGGGAAGGGGGGCACGGAGCCGCUCGCCCUCCCUCAGCCGGCUGGGGGAGGAGGCCCGACGAGCCCUGCCCUCACAGAGGCAGCCCAGUCCCAGCAGUCAUGGCGAUGCCAUCAGCACCAGGAGGAAACUGUACAGUGCAGUCCCUGGAAGACAUUUUGUAGUGGUUCGUUCCUACACCCCCCAGUCUGAAGGAGAGAUCAACCUCUACAAGGGUGACAGAGUCAAAGUUCUAAACAUCGGUGAGGGAGGAUUCUGGGAAGGCAGCGCCCGUGGCCAGGUGGGUUGGUUUCCAGCCGAUUGUGUGGAGGAGAUUCCAGUCAAGGCCACAGAAGAGAAAAGCUAUUCUCGAGCGGACCGCGCCGACAGACGGAAGCUUUUCAGACACUACACCGUGGGCUCCUACGACAGUUUUGAUGCCUCCAGUGACUGCGUGGUGGACGAGAAGACGGUGGUCCUGCAGAAGAAGGAGAACGAGGGCUUCGGCUUCGUGCUGCGAGGGGCCAAAGCCGACACGCCCAUCGAGGAGUUUACUCCCACACCCGCCUUCCCUGCCCUGCAGUACUUGGAGUCGGUGGAUGAAGGAGGAGUGGCAUGGCAGGCUGGUCUCAGAACGGGGGAUUUCCUAAUUGAGGUAAACCAGGAGAAUGUGGUAAAGGUGGGUCACAGGCAGGUGGUCAACAUGAUCCGUCAGGGGGGAAACCGACUCCUCAUCAAAGUUGUAACAGUGAGUCGGAAUCUGGACCCUGAAGAUACUGCUCGAAAAAAAGCUCCUUCUUUACCAAAACGAGCCCCCACCACUGCCUUGUCCAUGCGCUCCAAGUCCAUGACGUCUGAACUAGAGGAACUUGUGGAUAAAGCCACACUAAGGAAAAAGAAAGACAAAGUCGAAGAAAUGACACAUGCUCAGAAGAACCCACCUGCUGAUAUGAAGAUCGCCACAAUCAAACCAAGGCCAUCCAGCCGUUGCUUGGUCACACCUACAGAAAUGAAUUCUAUGUAUCACGACCGACAAGGAGUAGCAGUGGUGCCACCUACUGUACCAGGGCCGUACCUGGGUAUUCCUGAGAAGGGCACUAUAAAGAAGCAGAAGUCAAUAGGUUCAUCGGAAGAUGAUAAACACGGCUUCCUCACGCCUCCCCUGCUCAAGUUCUCCCGCAGUCUUUCGAUGCCUGACACCUCCGAAGACAUUCCACCUCCUCCAGCAAUUUCACCCCCUUCACCUCCUUCCUUCAACUCAACUUCUAGCCCUACAGCCAAAAACUAUGGCACAUCCAGACCCAGUUUUCUACAGAACACACCCAAUGCAGUGACAACUAUUAGCCGGAAUGCUGACGUUAGUACAUUGCGACGUGGCUAUUUUCGUCAGAGUUCAGAGCAGUUUGAGAGCCCACGUACUCGAGGUCGCACACCCGUGCCUGAGAACCCUUACUCUGAGGUGGGCAACAAGACACUGUAUGUGCCAGCAAAGCCAGCUCGAAGGAAGGGAAUGCUAGUCAAGCAGUCCAAUGUUGAGGACAGUCCAGAGAAAACUUGUCAUGUGCCAGCAAGUUCCUCUACCCCAGUUUCCAUGCCAACUACGCCUGUAGAACGAACAUGCUCAUCAAUUCCCAUCCCCACAAUUAUUGUUAAAGAGCCCUCUACCAGCAGCAGCGGUAAGAGCAGCCAAGGAAGUAGUAUGGAGAUUGAGCCAACUACUCCAGAGCACCCAUCUCUCAUGCCCGCUGUUGGUGGAAGUGGCGGUCUACGUCCCGAUGACCCCCUUUCUUUAGGCAACCCCUUUGCAGCAGCUAUUGCAGGGGCAGUAAGGGACCGUGAGAAGAGGCUAGAGGCAAGAAAGAACUCUAUUGCCUUCCAGUCAAUAGACAUAGGGGAUGAUGAGUUAAGUGGCCCUACACCAACUCCUCGUCUUCGCCAAUCAAAGUCUAUUGAUGAAGGCAUGUUCAGUAGCGAUGAACGGCUUCGAAGAAUAUUGGCUCCGACGACCACACAACUUGGUCCCCCUGUUGGGGGCGGUAGUGGAAACAUGACUGAUUUCAAUACCCCAGAGCCCACAGUUGUGAGGGAGCCUCUUAACACCAGAACAGGCCAAUGUCCAAACCUGGAUAGCCCUGUGAGUCUCCCAGCUACUCCUCCUAAAAGUCACUAUAGGGCCAAUGGAACCUACCUCCAUCCUGUCACUGGUAAACCCUUGGACCCAAAUUCACCUCUAGCCCUUGCUCUGGCAGCCCGUGAUCGUGCAAUGAAAGAGCAACAGAACAGUCCUCAAAAUCAGCAACCAAAUUCUCCUCAGGUUCAACAAACUCCCAAACAUGAAGCGCAGUCCCUUCCUAUUCAGCCGAGCCACAAACCAGACCUCAACCAGCCUCUGUUUAUAGACACCAAACUACGCUCUGGGAUUGAGACAAGUUUUGCUGCAAUUUCUUCAGCAACCAUGGGACGACCUGGGCGAGGCGGCCUGAGGAGGCAGAUGACAGAGCAGAAAUAUGAGUCAAAUGUGGUAAGGGAAGAGAGGCAGCAUCAGGCUGUUGAGGAGAGGAAAAGUGCACCAGCAGAUGUGGGAGACACGUCACAACCAAAAUCUGCCGGGCUUCUGAUGGUCCACACUAGCACAGAAGCAGGAAACAAGGCUAACAGCACAGAUUUGGAGGGACAGGACAGCAACAAGCCUUCAGAGCUAAAGGACCUUAAUCAUCCUGAUACUCAUAACCCUUCAACACUUUCCACACCCCAUCCUUCUUCCUUACGGAGAAGGAGCAUUCCAUUUGGAGAAUCCCUGGACGAACCAGUGAAGCUGCCAUUUCGCAUACCUCCACCCCCUCUUGCCUCUGUGGAUAUUGAUGAGGACUUUGACUUUGCAGAGCCCCUCCCACCUCCACUGGAGUUUGCCAACAGUAUUGACAUUCCUGACGACCAGGCGAGUGCCAUUGCAGAAAUGCUAAAGCAGCAGAGACGGAAUGGGGGGCCGUCAUUGCCUUCUUACCAUGCUCAUGCCCCACCACCUGUCAAUGACAAACGUAUGGCAAACAGUAUGCCCCCUUCAUAUCCUCCUCCUCCACCUGACCUAGAGUCUGGAGUUGGUGAUUCUGGCAUCGAAGAGGUAGACAGCCGCAGUAGCGGGGACCCACAGCACAUGGAGACCACCAGCACAGUAUCUAGUAUCUCCACCCUUUCAUCAGAAGGAGGCUUUUGCGACAGCGCUCUGGAGAGCCUCUACACCACCGCAGAUGGACAUGCCUUCCUGGUGGAUCGGCCUCCCGUCCCACCUAAACCGAAAGGGAAGUCUGUCAUCAACAGAACAUCACUUUAUCACGACGCAGAAAUUGAAGAGCCACCGGGGACCGACGGGACACUGGCUGCGGCUCAUCCCUCCAUCUACAGCGGACAACAAGAACACCAUUAUCACCGAGUUGAGCUCUAUUCUACAGCAUAUGAAUCGCGACAGGCCAUCAAAGCAAGGAGACAGCCUCGACUCUCCGACUGGGACCAGGGGUGCUUUUGGAGCAAGCUCAUGCCUCCAUCUUCAUAUCCAUUUCCUCCAGUCUCCUUUACCUCCUUUUACUUCAUGCUCCUCUGUGCUCUCCAUCUUGACAGGCCUCCUCCAGAAGACUCAGGAAUGCGUAAUAACACUGCUGCUGCCAACCUCACCUCCACGCCACCCAGCAGUCUCCCGUCACAGACACAUCCCUGCAGCCCACCAGACUCCGCCUCCUCCCUCACCCCCUGCUCCUCACUGCCUCCCAACGUGUCACCCAGUCUCACCGACGUCUUUGGUCUGCCCACCCCGCCCAUGGGCAGCGGCGGCGGCUACAGCUUGAGCUCCUCCUGCGGGGGAAGCGGCAGCUCGCGAUCCCCCUCGCCGCUCACGCUGAUGCAGGCCGUGGCGGCGUCAGGGAAGCCCUUCGCCACCAAACCCAUGGAGCUGUGGAGCAAACACGACGUGGCAGAUUGGCUGGAGAGCCUCAACCUGGGGGAGCACAGGGACGCUUUCCUGGACAAUGAGAUCGAGGGUGCUCACCUGCCCUCGCUUCAGAAAGAGGACUUGAUAGACCUGGGCGUGACCAGAGUGGGUCACCGCAUGAACAUCGAGCGGGCCCUCAAGCUGCUGCAGGACAGAUAAGCCCCAAAGAAGGGGCGGGGUGGUGAUGCUCAGAGCCAAGGGCGGGAGAGACGGAGGUUACACUUCACUUUGGCCGAUCUCUUCAUCGAUAUUAUUUCAAGUCCUGGAACUAGGUGGUUUUGUCUGAUCUGAUGCUGCCUCUUUCCAUGUGUGUCCUCUGUCAUCCUCCGUGUUGCUUCCAUCUCAGUGCCCCUGUCUCAUCCGGCCUCUUCCUCCUUCCCUCCAAUAAGGUUUGACGGAACGUCAGGAGGACCUGAGAGAGGAGGGGAGAAGAGAACAGCUGCUACGUCACAUCCUUGGAGACAGAGAAAAGCUGAGGACCACGCUGAGGACAAAACACUGGUCUGGAAGUUAAUUUCACACCCAACUGCUUUGGAAUACUUAAGACUUUUUCCAUUCGCCCCAGUGUGGGUGUAUGACAAACCAGCUGAGCUGGUCGUUGCUCCUUUUCUAUCUUUGCUAGAGUUUGUUCAGAGAUUAAUAUUUCUUCACUAGAGUCCUGCCGGAGUUAUAUUUCUGGUUGCAUCUAAAGUUGUAGAAAAGAAUUUUCAGAUAGACUUCUCUGUUGUUUUUUUUUUUGUUUUGUUUUGUUUUUUUUCUUUGCUUUUCACAUGUUCGUGUCAAAGUGUAAACGGUAUUUGACAUGUUUAUACAAAUAUGAAAGCAUAUCUCACAACCAUCAUCACAAACACAAUGCAAAGGGCAACACACAAAGACAACACACUAUCCCCAAGCAAUUGCAUUAGAGGCAAGGACAGGACGUACUUGUGAAAUGAUCAUCGAUGGUCUCUUGAGAGUUUUCACCCCCUUGAAGUGUGUGUGUGUGUGUGUGUGUGUAUUUCAGGUCUAAUUGAAGGAAAUCUACAGCUGUUCUGUGCUUUGGUUCCUGAUUCGUCCAUCGUGAGAUGAAAGUUUCAAGGUAGCAAGUUUAAACACAAAUUUAUGGCACAAUGUUUUCUGCCAGCAGGAGCUCCGGGUCAAUACAGCCUAGCGCCCCCACUCUGAACCUGUAGGUACCACCACAUCAGGCCAAACUACACUAAAGCUAUACUGACUGCAGUUAAAGUAACAAGAUAUUACAGUUACUUACCAUGAUGCAGUCACAUGUCAGUGUUUAAAUGAAGUAGAAACAACCAGAGCCCCGGACAUAAGGUGUGUGAAAUACAAAGAACGAGAAAUAAAAUAUUAAUCUAAAUAUUAGAUCAGAAAAGUAUUAUAGAAAAUACAAAUGUUUGUGGAGUUUUUUUUUUUUUUUUAAGCUAAAAUUUUUUAUUCUGGGCCAGGAUUUAAUUUUGUUUUAUAAUUUUUUUUUAAGUUAAUAAUUUAAUUUUGCAUAAUUUUUUCAUUGCCACACAUUAUUUGGAGAAUUGUCUGUUUUACAGUUUUUUUUAACCAUGAUAUUUUGGUUGUUGUUGUUGUAAAUAUUAAUAUUUUCUGCUUAAUUUCUGCAGCCACCGUCACUGUGGCUUGCAAACCUUUUCCAAAGUUUUCAAACUUUUUUUCUGUGACAAUGAUUGAGUACUUCUAAAAGUACUCUUUAGGAAUGUUACAGUACACCUGAAUCUUGGAUAUAAAUAUGAAAAUCUGUAUGAACGUUAAUUCCUUCACCUUAAAUUAGUAAAUUAUAUUACUGUGGUAAAAAAAAAAUCUGUAUUUUCUCUUAACAUUUUACCCAUUAUGGGGAUUUUAUUUUACAAACAUGAUAUUUAUUCCAUGGCUCUUGUUAGGUAUUUAUCGCAAAUGGGUUUUUUUCGUUUGUUUUUUUUCAUAUGUAGUACACACUACCAUCCAUUUUUUAUUUAUCACCUGUUGCAUUUUUAGGUUGAAGUAUUAACUCAAAUUAGUAUUAUUUUUGAAUGUCAUUCCUGCCUCUCCUUUUACAUCUGAAAUAUUCUUUAUGGCCAUAAUUUAAAUCUUUAUAUUACCAUUUUUUUUAAAAAUCAUUAUGUAGUUAUUUAAUUAUUAUUUUAUGGAGAUGUCAUUCCCUUGUUUUGUUUGUAACAAACUUUUUUUCUCACCAACCAUUUCUGUCACCAUAAUUUGGUUUCAAACUAUCAGAAUAAAACAAUAGAAUAAAUUG